CCACGAUCCAUCCCAUUGCCCUUCUUAAACCAGAUGCCCUGGCAUGGCCCAAAAUGAAGUUCAUUUUGUUAAGUUCAUUUUGAAGUAACCUUUCCCCUAGGCUGCUGAGACCGGAAGAAAGAAAAUGGCGAAAAGAAUUGGCUGGCAGCUCUUUGUUGGCAGAUUAUCGGCGUACGCUACAAAUCAGAAAUUGGAGAAGUGGUUUUCGCCAUUUGGAGUUGUUAGAGAAGCUCGGCUUGUUAUAGACCCAAGAACUCGAAAGCCUAAAGGAUUCGGUUUUGUGACGUUUGAUUCUGAAAGCGAAGCACUGAAAGCGAUGAAGACCAUGAACGGCAGGCAUUUCUCAUGUUAUCUCAGUCCUACUCUUGAUUGCUGCUCAAAUCGUUUUAUCCCAGUAUAUGGUAAAUCGACUUAUGAGUGGCACAUAUUAUUCCUCCUACUUGUGCUUAUGUCUUUAAAUCAUGCAUGUGAUAAUUGGGUGUUUUAUUCCUCAACUUUCUACCUCAAAUUUUUCAAAAGUUGCAUUUCCAAAAACUACAAAUGAGAGAAGUUUGGGCCUCUCUCUCUCUCUUUCUCUCUUAAAUGUCCCGUAUAUGUGUUCAACAAAAAUGGAAGGAUUUUCUUAUGCAAAAGAAAAUAUGCAUUCCUGGAUUUUACUCUAACUCGGUUCCCUUAUGCUACCUAAGAGAAAUUGAAAUAUGUGUAGUACAUAUGAUGUCAAAAUACAUCUAGACUGCCAUACUUUGUGAAUUAUGAUUAUUGAUUGUUAAUGUGACACAUGCCACUAAUCUUUCCUCAUUUUGUCUAUGCAUCCGC